UCGCUCUUGGACUUCGGAGAGUAAAGUCACGUUUCUCGAAGAGUGCGCGUACAAGCAGAUUAUUGGUGGUGCACACAGGGUGUGUUACCCAUCUAUCUCUUUCUAACAAAGCGGAAUUAAACCAACGGAAAGAUCAAAAUGGAGACUCGAAAGAACACGCUGAAGAUCCUGUUUGCGACCGGUGCCAAGGUGCCGUCCUACCUCGAGGUCUUGAAAUUCAUGUCGACCGGUGUAAAGAUACCAGCCACUGACGUACAUUCGGUGUACAAAGAUGAAAACGACCAGAAAUUCUACAUCAAGUUUAUGGACGAGAACAGCUACAACAGGUUCUGCAACUCGGUAGAGGAUCAGUAUUGGUUCCGGUUCGAUGACGGGUCAAGGUCUCCGGUGCAACUGGAGUUGGCCAGCAGGCAGUUCAAAUACAUCCGGCUUUUCAACCUGCCACCGGAGACGGAGGAAAAGGAAAUCGCUAUGGCGCUGAGUAAGUUCGGGAAGAUUCGGCAACACGUACGGGAGAAGUAUCCUCAAGACCUGGGUUACCACGUGUUCAGCGGCAUCCGUGGCGUUUACAUGGAGGUCGAGAAAGAAAUACCAGCCAACAUGUACAUCGCCCAUUUCCGAGCAAGGGUAUAUUAUGACGGAUUGAAAAAUCGUUGCUUCUUCUGCAAAGCUGAAGGGCACAUGAAGGUCGAAUGCCCUAAGCUGGCCAGUCUCAGGGUCAACGCUGAAACUGGUGGUCAGCGUUCGUACAGUAGCGUAACAGCAAAUUUGGCGAUCGCAAACAGCAGUACGAUCGAGCCAGACAACACGCUCACCAUGACAACGCUUCCGCUUACAUCACCACCAGCACGACCCAAGAUGCCAAUGCAGCCGCAAGAGGGAGAUGGCGCAAGCUCAGCGAAGAUCAGUACACCAGCAAACAAUCCAUUUGUAACACUAACACCAGCGGAAGUUCCGAUGGAGACGCCAGUACCACGACCAGAGGAGACGACGAACAACCAGGCGUCGGCGGCGACGACGACGGAGACGCCGAAUAAGCCGGUGGAUGCGACGGCGACGGUAGCGACGCCGAAGGAGACAUCGGCUGCUGAAGCAGAACGAUCGGGACACGAUGGGAUGAUUAUCGACGACGAGCAGUUGAUGGUGGACGAAGCCAUCAAGGGGACAGCGGAAGGGGAGGGAAAACUGGAGUUGAAAAAGCGACCGAUAGAAACGAGUUUGUCGCUCGGCAGCAAUGAUUCGGAUCUAGGGCAAGGUAAGGGAAGCAAUAGUAAGAAAAAACGUGGCGCUCAGGGCCAAGGUAAGGGCAAGGGGAAGGGAAGGGGGAAGUGAGGAGGGCUAAAUGUUGAAUAUCUUUUCACACUCGACUUAUUUCUUCCUUUGAUGGACAUCUAUGAGUCCAGCCAUGAAUACGUUCAAGAAGUGUUCUUUGCGUUUGAUUACGUUUGACAUGAUAGUCUUGAUAUUCAUGCACUCUACUAAGAUUAAUCCAUCCUUCUAAUGCCUUUUAUUCGAAAAUUUGCAACCGUUAACCUGAACGCUAUUAGCAGUAAAUUAAAAUUGUCUUUGUUUAAAGAUUUCGUUUGGAAUAACGACCUCGAUUUUGUAUUUGUUCAAGAAGUUGCUGUUGAAAAUUUUAAUUUUUUAUCUUCCCACACUGCACUUGUUAACAUAAGUGUAGAUGGUAAAGGAACUGGAAUUUUAAUUCGAAAAAAUAUUGACUAUUCAAACGUCAUUAUGAAUAGCAAUGGCAGGAUAACAUCUGCAGAAAUUGAUGGAAUAAAUUUUAUUAAUAUCUAUGCACACUCGGGAUCCAAAUUUAAGAAAGAAAGAGAUAAGCUGUUCACAGAAGAUAUUUUAAUUCAUUUAUCAGAAACUAAAGAAAAUGUAUUGCUGGGAGAUUUCAAUUGCAUAAUUGACAAAAACGAUUCAAACAGUUCCAUAAAAAAUGUGAGUAACGGACUUAAAAAUAUGACUUCAUCGUUAACUUUGAUUGACAUUGAAUUAAAUCACAAUAAAAAUAGAAUAUUUACUUUUGUUCGAGGAAACUCAAAAUCUAGGUUAGAUCGCAUCUAUGCUUCAAAAGAAUUUGCAGAAAAUGUAAGAUCUGUAGAAACUAUUGCUGUUGCUUUUUCGGAUCACCACAGCGUAGUUUUGAAACUUGAAAUUGGUCAUCAAUUUAUGAAUUUUUAUGGACGUGGAUACUGGAAAAUUAAUUCUUUUUUACUAAAUGACCCAGAUAUAAUAGACAAAUUUAAAAAAAAGUAUACUGAAUUGAAACUGAGAAACUCUUAUUCAAAUUUAAAUUUUUGGUGGAAUACCGUUUUUAAAAGUAAUGCAAAAUCUUUUUUUAAAAAAGAAAAUUUUCUUUCAAAUCAGCAGUCGGCACGAGAGAAAAGUUUCUACUAUAAUUGUUUGAAUGAAAUAGUACAGAAGCAAGAACAAAAUAUCGAUUGUUCAAAUGAAUUAUCGGUAGUUAAAUCCAAAUUAAUGGAACUCGAACAACGGCGUUUGAGUAAAAUUAAAUUCAAAUUAAAAGCGGAAACAUUACAUGCCGAUGAAAAACUAUCACUGUUUCAAGUUACAUCUUUUAUUAACCGUUCUUCAACAUCCAAUCUGAUUAAACUUAGAAUUAAUGAUGAGAUAACAUCUGAUAUUAAAAAAUUAAAGAAUGAAAUUUAUCACCAUUACUCUCAAAAGUUUCAAAAUCAGCACGUUAACAACACU